AUGGGAGGAAGUGGUAAAACAACUCUCUCCAAAGUCGUUUACAAUGAAAUUGGUCAUUACUUUGAAGGGAAAAAUUUCCUCUCAAAUAUUAGAGAAGUUUCAAAGCAACAUAAUGGCCUAGUUUAUUUACAACAACAACUCAUUGCUGACAUCAUCAAGUCAAGUAUUAUGAAGUUACCAAACAGUGAAAGAGCAAAAUUUUUAAUACAGGAGAGACUCCCUCGUAGAAAGUCACUUAUUGUAUUGGAUGACGUGGAUAGUUUGAGCCAACUAAUGGCAUUAUGUGGAAGUCGUGAACGGUUUUGCCCAGGGAGUGUAAUAAUCAUUACCACUAGAGAUGUGCAUCUUCUUAAAGACCUCAAAGCUGACCAAGUAUAUAGAAUGAAGGAAAUGAAUGAAAGUGAAUCUCUUGAGCUUUUGAGUUGGCAUGCCUUUAAACAACCAGCUCCUCCUGAAAAUUUCAUGGAACUUUCUAGAAAUUUAGUUGUUUACAGUGGAGGACUUCCAUUAGCUCUGGAAGUCCUUGGUUGUCAUUUGUUUGAGAGAACAAUUGAAGAAUGGGAGUAUGUGCUGUUCAAACUAAAAUCCAUUCCCAACGAUGAGAUACAAAGAAAGUUGAGAAUAAGCUUUGAUGGGUUAAAGGAUUAUAUGGAACAGGACAUAUUCCCUGACAUGUGUUUCUUCUUUAUCAAUAAGGACAGAGAAUAUGUCACACAAAUAUUAAAUGGUUGUGGAUUUCAUGCAAAAAUUGGGAUACAAAUACUUAUAGAGCGGAGCCCCAUAAGUGUUAGUAGGGAUAACAAGCUUGAAAUGCAUGAUUUAAUACGGGAUAUGGGAAGAGAAAUCAUCCAUGGAAGUCCACCAAAGUACCUUGAGGAACGCGGCAGAUUAUGCUUUCAUGAAGAAGUGCUUCAUGUGUUAACAGAACAAACUGCAACAAAAGCUAUUGAGGGCAUAGCUCUGAAAUUGCCAAGAACUGAUAGCAAGACUUUGAUUGAAGCCAAGGCAUUUAAGUUUCUGCGGUGGUUGAAAACACUCACUCUUAGCCAUUCCUCCUUCUUAAGACAAACUCCUGAUUUCAAGAAACUGCCAAACCUUGAAAAACUGAUACUAAAAGAUUGUCCAAGCUUGAUUUCAGUUCACCAGAGCAUUGGAGAUCUAAAAAAUCUUCUCCUGGUAAGUCUAAAGGACUGCAAGUGCCUUAGAGAUCUCCCUAGAAGUAUCUACAAGUUGAAAUCUUUGAAAACUCUCAUUCUUUCUAAUUGUUCAAUGAUUGAUCAUUUAGAAGAAGAUUUUGAGCAGAUGGAAUCCUUGACUACUCUAAUGGCAGAUAAAACUGCCAUAACACAAAUACCCAGGUCAUUAGUAAGUUUGGAAGGGCUUAAGCAUGGAAAUGGAAUAUCAUCUCUGGUUUUCUCAGCUGUACAGAAUGGUAGCUUCCACGGCCUAUCUCCAGUUCUGGGCAAUCUUGCGAGGCUUCGAGGUAUGUGGGAGGAAUGCAGACUAAAGUUUCAAUUCAGUGGAAAAAUGGCUAGACUUUUGGACGCCUUGUAUGAGACAGCAAAUUUUAUGGAAUUGGAAUCAACUUCAGAUACACCACAAUUCUCACAUAUGGAAGCUUCUGCAUCAUCUGAGGGCCAUGACCAAGUUCACAUUGAAAGAGCAACAGAUUCCUACAAUUCUCUUUUAAUUCAAAUGGGAUUGAAUAAUGGAAGGUGGGAUGAUUCUCACUUACCUGGCGAUGAGUAUCCUGAUUGGUUCAUUUACAAGGGCGAAGGACGCUCAGUACUUUUCAAGGCACCUCAGGUUAUGGGUUGCUGCUUAAAAGCAGUGGUUCUCAACAUUGUGUUUGUUUCAUGCAUUGGUGAGACAACGACUCAAUUUCUCAUAAAUGUUCUGAUCAUUAACUACACGAAGGCAACUGUUCAACAUCACAAUGGAGACUCAACAACUUUCCAUGAAGAUGCAGAAUGGCAAAGUAUCAUUUCAAGUAUUCAACCUCAUGAUCUCGUGGAGCUUGUUUUAUGCAUUGGGUCUCAAUUUACUGUGAAGAAGUUUGCAGCAUACCUGGCCUAUGACGGUUCUAAGCGUCGCAGGUUACUGAAUUAG